UAUUGAAUCAGAAAAGCAGUAUUUUUAACCGUGAUCACUCUGACAAACACAGGACCCUGGAAUUCUAGCUGAUUCAAUGUUUAAACGAGGGUGGAUUUGUGCUGUAGGAGGUUAUUGGAGUGUAGCGUGUCUCAGCCCGAUUUCCCACAAAAUGCCUUAUUUUGCUAAACUCAUUUUAUUACUCUUUUGCUUUGUCCUUCUUGUGGAAAGCAGAAAGCACAGGAGGAGGAGAUGGACAGGUCAGCUGGAGGUGCAGAAGGCAAGCCACAUAUACAGGAAGAAUCAUGACAUGACCAAAACUAGGAAAGGAAAAACUGAACAGCUUUUGAGAGUCGAUGACCAUGAUUUCACCAUGAGGCCAGCUUUUGGAGGUCCUGCUAUUCCUGUUGGGGUGGAUGUACAGGUUGAAAGCUUAGACAGUAUUUCUGAGGUUGAUAUGGACUUCACCUUGACACUAUACUUAAGGCACUACUGGAAGGAUGAGCGCCUCUCAUUUCCUAGCAUCACUAACAAGAGCAUGACCUUUGAUGGCAGGCUGGUGAAGAAGAUCUGGGUUCCAGAUGUCUUCUUUGUGCACUCCAAAAGAUCAUUCAUUCACGACACAACCACUGACAACAUCAUGUUGCGUGUGUUCCCAGAUGGUCACGUAUUAUAUAGUAUGAGGAUCACAGUGACAGCAAUGUGUAACAUGGACUUCAGUCGAUUUCCCCUGGACUCCCAGACUUGUUCUCUGGAGCUGGAAAGCUAUGCUUACACUGAUGAAGAUCUGAUGCUAUACUGGAAAAAUGGGAACGAAUCCCUGAAAACGGAUGAGAAGAUUUCUUUGUCUCAGUUUUUGAUACAAAAGUUUCAUACUACCUCCAGACUCGCUUUCUACAGUAGCACUGGAUGGUACAAUAGACUGUAUAUAAAUUUCACUUUACGUCGCCACAUCUUCUUCUUCUUGCUCCAAACCUAUUUCCCUGCCACUCUAAUGGUCAUGCUGUCAUGGGUGUCCUUCUGGAUUGAUCGCAGAGCUGUACCUGCUAGAGUCUCCUUAGGGAUAACCACGGUGCUGACCAUGUCAACAAUCAUCACUGGUGUGAACGCCUCCAUGCCUCGAGUUUCCUACAUCAAAGCUGUAGACAUUUACCUCUGGGUCAGUUUCGUGUUCGUUUUUCUCUCAGUGUUGGAAUAUGCAGCAGUGAACUACUUGACCACAGUGCAAGAGCGGAAGGAGAGGAAGAUGCGAGAGAAGUUUCCAUGCACAUGUGGAAUAUCUCAGACAAAAACUAUGAUGCUGGAUGGAACCUACAGUGAAUCUGAUGCCAACAGCCUUGCAGGAUACACAAGAAGCCAGAUAGUGACUGAGGAAGAAAAACAAGACAAGAUGGUGGUUCAUUUGGCCAUGACCAAUGAAUCUAAUUCAUCGCGAAAGAAGGGACUGAAAGGCCAUGUCGGCCUACGCAUUAUCCAGAACACUCAUGCGAUUGAUAAAUACUCAAGAUUAAUAUUCCCAGGCACCUAUAUAUUUUUUAACUUGAUAUACUGGUCUGUCUUUUGCUAGAAGUAUUGGGGCAGAAGCCUUUUAAAGGACUAAGUGGGUAUUUUUUUAAAAAGUUCACUUUGGCUGUUAAGCUAGAAAACCAAUUCUCCUAUUGUACCCAUGGAGCAUGAAACACUGGGUAUGUCCUGCAACAGCCAUUUCCUGGAGAAUCUGGUGUGUCAGUUACUCUGUACUCCACACCCACAUUUCCCCUCUUCUGGGCAAACCAAGAGAUGAGACACUUCUCUUGGUUUGCCCAACAAUUACUGUAUAUAUCUUUGGGACUGGACAAUGGAGAUGGUGCCUGAUGUGCACUGAGGCUCAGAUCUUGCAAGGUAUUUAGAUGCCAACUCCCAUUGAUUUCAAUGGGAGUGAGGUGCCUAAAUACCUUGGAAAAUCUGGGUCAAGGCAACAACAACAGAAGAAUUGCCCAGCAUACACUGUUGGAUUAAAGUGUUCCAAUAGCUGUGCUGGGGUACCUAGAAAAAGAUGACAGUUGGGCUCCUUAGUAAGAACUCAACUUUAAAAGAUCUUAAUGAAAACAGGGCUCUCUUCAUAGCGUUCUUUCAUUUUGUCCUUGGCUUAUAAACAAAUGGCGUCUUUUCAGGACAAACUUUCGUCAUGCCAGUAGGCAAGGUCUUGCAGUCCUCAUACAAACCUCCCAUUGCAUAAGUGGGAUUGCUGCCAGAGUGAGAUCUGCAGAAUACGGUCUACCAAGACUACGCAGUUAGUUUGUUUUGAAUUAAAAAUGAAGGGACGAUGUAAAGUGAACCCAAGAAACAUCCUGAACUGGAGCAGUAUGAACUCUGGAGCUCAUUUCCAAUGACAGCUUAGAAGUUUAAAUAAGCCUGUUUGCUCCUUACAAACUGGAGUUGGUAUGCAAUACAUUGAUCUUGAGUACUGUCCCCUCUAAAGGAGGUGGAAGGUAACCAAAUGGAUGGGACCUUGGAUUAGUGUGUAGGAAUGGGGAGUUUCUCCAGGAGCUGCUAGCUGUUUUUGCUUCCUCUCUUUAUAUUUUAAAGCAGAGAACAGUGUAGAGGGCAGGGCAGGGCAGGCACCUUUCCAGUUCCUCAAAGGCUGCUUUUAUUUCUAACAGAAAAAUGCAGCCCACAGAGAAAAUACUUCCCAGUAUGCAGUGCUCCCUCUCCAGCAGAGCAGCUAUGUUGUUUAGGCAUGCUGCAACUAAUUGUCUUUGUAACCCAUACACCUAGUGGGUGUGGUUCACAGUCCCAUGUAGUGGUACUUAGACCACUUCCAGCAAGAGAUAAGAAUAAGUGAACUCCAUAGCUUAAGGCCCUAAACUAAGAGCUAGCUGGCUUUAUAGUUCAAGCUGUAGAAGCUCCUACACUAAGCUCCAGAGGUCCCAGUUUCAAAUUUGCCUAGUGGCUGUUACAUCUUGACAGGUGACCCUCCAUUUUAAAGAAAAAACUGGCCAUAAAUAGCACUAUAGAACAUCAUGCACCACAUUCACUCUGGUAACUGGCUUAAAAGUUUAAAUUAUUCUUUAGUAGCUGUAAAGGGAACAGUAGCAUGCUUCUGUAUAUGGCUAGCAUUCCAUUCUUCACACAAAGCUAUCUCCUCUUCCUUGGCUAGUAUUGCUGACAGGAAGAUACAGAAUUUUGUACAAAAUUGCAACAAGUCACAUUUAAUCUUUGCUUAUUUCUUCAGGAAAAUACCCAAGCAUGCUGAGCUGUGGAAGUGAUGUCAUUAAUCACAGCUGGGUGCUAAUUUGGUGCACAGCAGGGUGGUCAGAUGCGAACUCAGUCGAGUCUGUGCUGAAGUUGGAGGAUCACUCAACAAUGUGACUAAAGUAUACAGCUGACUAGAAUGUCAACACAGGAUGUAAAUAGUACAGAUAAUGUACAGAGCAUCAAGUCUCUUGCAAUUCCUUACUCAUAUCAAAUGAAACAGUAAUCCCAUUUACAGAAAAAUAGCUCCAUACUUAUUGGGCUUUUUAUAUGUUCAGUUUACAAUAGCAGUUUUAACUUUUCUGCAGGGAUUUCAUGAUUGGCUGGAGUAAACUUUUUCUAGCCUAUCAUUAAUCUCUAGAACAGUGGUCUCCAACUUUUUUGAACACAAGGUCACUUUUUCAAUUUAAGUGCAAUGUAAGAUCUACCUCAUCCAAAUAUACUUCUCCCGCUUCCUUCCUGCCCUUUCUUUGAGGCCCGGCAUCUGCUCCACCCCUUCUCCUAGGCUUCACCCUACUCACUCCAUUCCCCCUUCCUCCCCCAUCCUCACUCACUUUCACCAGGUUGAGGUAGAGUUUUGGGUGCAGGCUCUAGUCUUGAGCUGAGGAGUUUGGAGUGCGGGAGGAGGUCCAGGAUUAGCCUGUGUGGUGGAUUGGGGUCCAGGAAAGAUUUCAGGGUGCAAACUCUGGGAAGGAGUUUGGGUGCAGGGUGGCUCAUGCUGGGGACAGGAGGUUGGGUGUAGGAGGAGUAUCAGAGCAGGGACAGUCAAAAACCAAAAAUAACACAUUUUGCAAGCAGUAUAAGUAGUAACAACAAUCCCCUCACGUAUGUGUUGGGUCGGGAGCUGAAAGGGAAGAACAGUGUGUGUUUGUGAGAAUGACAGACACACAUUGUGUGAAAGUGAUAGAGAUUUGCAUUGCCAAGCUCACACCAUCCCCGCCCCUCUGAGUGGAGACAGGGUACAGAAGUGGGGAAAAGAGAGACACCCUCACAUCAGCACCCCACCUCUUUUCCCUCCCACAUCCUGCAAGCAGGAGGCUCCCAGCGGGACAGCUCCAAGGCAG